AUGCCGUUUGGAAUUUGCAGGCACACGGAGAUUGCGAUCUUUCAAAGUUCCCUUCAUCAAGUAGCAGUCUUUGGGCCUGGGUGUCAACGUAUCAACCAUCCGCAUCGCUUUCCAGCCAUCGUUGCCAUCUUGAGAUGGUCUCGGGGAAGCGGUCUGAAGUCCCGCAGUACCUGCAUUAUCUACUAUUUGCUGCAAUCACGCUAUUUUCUUGAACCGAAGUCAUGUUGCCGUGGGUGCUUCUUUGAUCCCACCCGCCUGCCUUUGGGCAUCCCUUACUUCAGACUUGGUGUACGGAAAACACAUUCGACGAACCACCAGACCAUAAUUGCGCCACCUGCAGCAUUCCCCGCCGAUCCCGUACUCUGCGCUCUCAGAGCUCACAGCGACUAUCGGUGCCAGUUGUGGGCUUGUCGCCAAGAGGGGGAAUCGCUGCACAUUAUUCACUGCUCUUACGAAUCUCAAAAGCGUAUACAGCUCAGCCCUGGGAGCCUUAACGUAACUCUUGCACCCGAGUCCAUGGACAAGGAACGCGAUCAACCGCCACCACCCGCGGCUCCGGAAAGCUCCCCCAAACGCCCGAGAGCUGACUCAGGAAGCUCAAGCUCAACCGAGUCUAAUCUUAGUCGCUCUGUACGCACCGUCACGUCGGAAGAUUUGGAAUACGUCCACGAGAAUGGUCGCACGUACGGAAACGACACAUAUUACUUACCCUGCAUAUAUCUGCCCAAUGAGGAUUUUCGAGAACAAGAUCGGCUGUCACUGCAACAUCGUGCCUUUGUAUAUGCACUCCAAGGGAAGUUGACGACUACAAAACUGCUACCAAGCACAAGACGCAUACUCGACCUGGGUACAGGACCAGGGCACUGGGCGGUGGGCAUGGCUCACCAGUACCCUGAUGCCGAAGUCGUUGGCAUAGACUUGACACAAUGGGACAUCGAAACCACUGAAGCUACGCUCGGAGAAUCACAAGUGAUGUGGGAACUCGAUGAUUUGGACGUGUGGGGCAAAGAGACUGAUAUCGAAGACCUUCUCUCCCGACUUGCAGAGCAUGAUUUCUUCGCCGACACUACCAACCGAACUCCCAUUGGCUCGCCUACGAAAUCACGAGCUGGAACUGAUGUGCAUAGUCAGUCAGACAGCUCAGUUGAGAACCUGACCAUCGACCUGACUACGUUGGAGCCACAGCCAGAACCUGGAUGGCACUUCAGUGCUCCCUUUGAGCUCAUCCAUCUGCGCAACAUGAAGGGCGCCUUUACGCACUGGGAGGAGGUCUACGCCGAGAUUUACAAGAGCCUCUCGCCGGGUGGGUGGAUAGAGGUUGCCGACUAUGAUCUUGGAAAUGUGCCCGCACCCCCCGAGGAGCCUGACUCAUCAUCAUACACCAUGGUCAAUGUCCGCAAGCUCUACGCUUCACUCAUGCAGGCAUCCUACAAGCCGGCUUCACCGACAUCCAGACGACCCAUGUCAACGUGCCGAUUGGAUCGUGGGGCGAGGACGAAACGCAGCGAUCGAUUGGCAAGAUUAUGCUUUUUGUUGUUCUCGAGUCCUUUGAGGCGAUACUGCUUCGGCCGUUGA